AUGCCUUACACACUCCAACCUGGUGGCUACAUCAGCCCCACCUCGAACUCUGGCUCCGGAGACAUCGAAGUCGACCCCAGUGCUCCAGGAAGUGUCAUGCGUUUUGCUCUCGGCUUCGAAACCAUGGCAAAUGUUGUUGGCGGAACAUGGAUGGUCUUCUUCCCACAGAGCUUCCUGGGUAUGCUCGUAAACUCACCCUCCGAUAUGACACCUACUGCAGUCACCUGGACUCAAGUGACUGGUGCUUUGGUGUACGCACUCGCUGCUCCUUUGGUUCUGGCCUUCCCGAACUCUAGACGUGGCAUUGAAAGCAGAGCGCCUGCUUACUACACUCUCGGGGCUGGCGAAGUCGGUGUUACGGCUGUAACACUGUACAAAGCUUUUGCUGAUGGGGGCGACAGUGGAUGGACCAAGAAUGCUCUACUUGGCGCCAGCUCUGCAUUGCUGCCUGCUCUGGCAUGGAGACUCUACGUGCUUUUUGGCAAGCCCGAAUGGAUUGGCAGAUACCGUGAAGUUUCACGCAAAAACAAAUAA